AUGGAUGGAUUGAUUUUUGUUAACUUAAAUUGGGGUCUUACCUUCCUAACUCAGAUUGGUGCUGGGAUCCUUGGAAAUUCUUCACUUCUUUGUCUUUAUAAUGUUAUUUUGCUCAAUGAACAGGUCUUGAGACCCUCAGACUUGAUUCUUAACCAACUGGUCUUAGCUAACAUCUUGGUUCUUUUCUCUAAAGGGAUCCCUCAGACACUUGCAGCUUUUGGAUUAAAAUCUUUCCUGGAUGAUGCUGGAUGUAAAUUUGUCUACUGUUUGUACAGAGUGGCCAGAGGGGUUUCCCUCAGCACCACCUGCCUCCUCAGUGGUUUCCAGGCCAGUAAGCUUUGCCCCGGUUUCUCUGGGUGGUUGGAGCUCAGAACUAGAUCCACAAUGUUCAUUGGCUUCUGCUGUUUCAUAUGCUGGAUUCUGUGUCUGUUGUUAAAUAUAAUUGUUAUUACAAAUGUAAGUGGCCCAAAGAGUAGUAAAAACCUGAGUAUGGCGGGCAUUUAUAGAUAUUGUUCCUCACCCAUUCCUGAGAGAUUGGUGUUCUCCAUAGCUGCAGUCAUUUAUAUCUUCACUGAUGUUAUGUGUUUGGUCUUCAUGAUGUGGACUAACGCUUCCAUGGUCCUCGUCCUGCUCAGGCACAAGCAGCGAGUCCAUUACAUUCACAACAGGCUUUCCCCUAGAGCUUCCCCUGAGACCAGAGCUACAUGCACCAUCCUGAUCCUGGUGAGCAUGUUUAUCUCCUUGUACUCUCUCUCUUCUGUUUUAUCCUUCUGGGUGAUCCAGGUUGUGAACCCGAGCCAUUGGCUGUUGAACCUCUCUGCACUGGUGUCUUUAGGCUUCCCAACAUUCAGCCCCUUUGUCUUCAUUUUCAGUGAUACCCGAAUCUCAAAGUUUUACUUUGUCUGCUGGACAAGGAAGACAAAUGCUCUAAGUGUGGUCUCUGGGCCAUGA